AUGACUCGAGAGCAGUACAGAAACAGCCACUAUAAUACUAGACAAGUUGCCAUCAAGUACCAUUGUGAGUACCUCUGGGAUCCCAGACUGAAUCUGCAGGACCUCGGCUCUCUCAUUUUAGGACUAAAGACGGAGACCUUGCUGACCUUCACCUCUGACAAACUGCUGUCGGUCCUGAAGGCCCUGUCCAAAAACAAACAGGCCAGCUGUCAGAAGGGCCUCCGUCCACCAGAAGCAAACGCCAUCGCCACCAAACUCUGGGGUUUUCCAGAAGUUGUCAACUGGUUGAACGAUGUGGCGCCAUUGCUCAGUUGCACCCCCCUGCUCAGCGUCUUGCCCAGGAUUCACCUACUUGCCUUAAACGCCUCCAACACAACCAGAGAACCCUGGAACACACAACAGGCUGAGGCUAUUUUCAAUUAUCUGUUCAGCAGUAAUCCAAAUCUAGUCAAACAAAAUUUCCUGAGUUUGGGAUCUCUGGGCCAGGGUGUGAGCUGUAAGGUCUUACAGGACCGCUUUCGGGCUGAUCCAACACCCUCUUCAGCCACGAACAUCCUGGCUAUCCUCAGGCAGCAGCCUCGCCUUCUUCACACCGCACUGAAAAACUGCGUGAUCGAGGGCCUGUAUCCGUUUGACUUUUUCACUCAGCUGCUUCAGGACUUUGGGGUUGAAAUAGCGUUGUCCAUGUCGAUGAGCACGUUUAGUAAGUUUUCUCCAGGCAUGAUGGACACUCUGAGGAAAAUGAUUGUUGAAAAACCGAGCUACUUCCUCGUGUGGCCUGCAACAAAACAGCUCCUUCUGGUGGACAGGAUGUUACAGACACUUGGGAUGUACACGGGUAUGUUUACGAAGGAGGAGUUCCUUUCACUGGGCGUUAUGGCCUCAUUUGUGGCCGAUGAAGUUUUCAUUCAGGUGGACCGAAGCUUCUUUAUUCAAAAUCUGCAUUACAUUAAAUCGCUCUGCUACAGCAGCAGCAAGAUGGACAUUGUGUCUCGCAUCCUUCAAGAACCUGCUGUUUUUGGUUCUGUGAAGAACUGGACCCAGGUGACUCUGAGUCAGGUGGAGCGGUUUGUCUUCUUUCUGCCUGUCAAUGUGCUUCAAGAUAUUCCACUGCCACUGAUGACUGUGGGGCAAAUAGAGAAGCUGUUCAUGAGCCAGCGUCAGUGGGAAGGUGGAGUCGUGGGAACCUUCUGUUCAGACCAGAAUGACAGGGCGGCCAUCUUUUCUAAACAGCAGUUUGUUCUGCAGUUCUUCCUGGGUUUCCUCACAAUGAGCACCACAUCAUUGGCUCCUAAGGUUCCGACCUGCGAGAUUCUGCGUACGACAGCUCCGUCCGCCUGGACAUCCGGCAGCCUCAGCAGCAUGCCCACCUCUGCUUUCAUCAACUGUCUGGAGCUGAUGGGCUUGGACUCAUUCAUGGCGAGCUACCAGCGCAGUGAGGUUCUCAAGAGGGUCAAAAAGAUAUUCGGCCCCGUUUCGUCCUUUCCCCCGUCUCUGAUCACUCAGCUUGGUGGGAUAGCAACAGCGCUGACAGCAGAUGAGCUGAGUACUCUCCAACUGACGGAUGUAAGGAGCAUCAGUUCUUUGGGGGCUGUUUCUAACUGGACAAGCAAACAGCUGACUGCCCUGUUUACCACCGUGUUAAAUGCCACCAAGAAGAGUGCAAGCCAGCUGGACUCUAGCACCCUGGUGGCAAUGGGAUACAUCGUGUGUGGAGCGAAAACCACAGAUAUCAAUUCUUUUAAUAAUGUAGAGUUUAGUAAGGCGGUACUCUAUCUGGGUCAGCUGAAGCUGCCUUGCUCAGAGGACCAGAUGCUGGCUCUGAAUGCGUUGCUCACCAACCCUCUUGCUUUUGGACUCAUAAGUUCGUGGGACACAGAUGUGUUCAUUGAGAUUGGAGUUCUGGCAGCUGGUCUCCCAGAUAUGGCCAUGUCAGCUUUAGUGAAAGUGCAGAUUGAUGGAAUCUCUCCUGCAGCUAUUUCAAUGAUACUGCCUGGCAAGUUUGCAGUGGUGUUUGACCAGAAACAGAUCAGCUUGUUCUCCUAUGAGCAAGCUGUGGCAGUAACACCACAGCAGAUUGCUCUGAUGUCUGAUGCUCAGAAGGCUGCUCUAGCUGUGGUGUUGACUCCAUGGUAUGGCAAGCCUACAGGCCCUGGAGUGAGGUCACUGGGGUCAUCGCUGAGCCACAGUCCUCUGGGUCUCAUGCUGGGGCUGCUGAUCCUGCUGACUCUCCAGUUCUGCCCUGACAGAUGAACCCAUCCAUCCAGCUGUAUCAGGAGGUCUCCUCAUUCACACACUUUUGAUUUCUCUGUGCAAUUCAAUGCAGGACUCUCUGAAAUUCAAAACCCUUCGGGUCUUGUGUAUUAUACAUAAUGAUUCUGUGUUUAAGUACUAAUGUAUAUACUGAUAUUAUAACGUUUUUUAAAACAGCUUCUGUUGCAAAGCUUAUUGUGAAGUAUUUGUCAAAACUGUGUUUCGGGAUAUUAAUUACCAUCUAAAUAGACCAUGUUCUAUAAAAAGACAGAUUAUAUUGACACUGAGUCACGUUAUUCUGUUUUUGCUGUGAGUUUUGUAUUGUUGUGCAAACUUUACUAAAAUCAAUUCAUCUAUCUGCUUUAAUUGACUCAGUGAAACAUUAACCCUGCACAAUAAAAACGUGAACAGAGCUUUACUUUCUGGUUUUUAUUUAUUUAUUUAUUGAAAUUUUUUUUGUAUUUUAUUCAAUGCAACAUUGGUUUAUAUCAAUGGAAGCAGGCCUGCUAACUCAUGCAUUUAGCAUAUUUGGCUGUUUUCACACACUUUCAUGC